AAAGUUCAGUCUCACAAUAUAGCUUCCUCAUCAUACGCUUCUACUAAUACCGCAGUACCUACCGUAAAUUCUGAAGAUUCUUCUACCCAUUAUUGCUAUAGGCCUGAGUCCUCAAAAGUUAAGCGUGAAGAAACAAACCAGAAACUUACCAUGCAAAGAAUUAUCUUCGGCAUUCAUUUACCACUAAGACAUAUUAUGGAACAGAGUAUU